AUGUCGAAAAAAGUCAGAGGGUUUCUCGGUGCUUCCAUAGAAUUGAUUUCGCCUGUAGCGAAAGUGGUGUAUUUUCCCGGUGUAGCCGAACUAUUCACUAUCAUUGAGCGAAUCGUUGCGCUCAUCGACACCGCAAGAUAUAAUAGAGAAGCAUUGCCUUACAUGAGGAUGUAUAUGACAGAAGUGAAGCAGACAAUCCGUGACAAUAGUGAAACAAUAAACGAGGAAUAUACCCCAACUUUGAUGAAAGCGCUGAAAAACUGGGAAAAGUUUCUGGUCCAAUAUACCAAGCCUAAAAUGGUAAAAUUAUUGACUAUCCUUAAUGCUGAUAAGAUAGAUCGAAAGAUACGUGACCUAUUUACCGACCUGGACAAUGCCCUCAAUGCUGCUAAUCUAAGGGUAACUUUAGAAAACAAUAAAGGUCUUAAGAAGAUAUUGGGAAUCACGGAGAAGAUGGAUGAACACAUGAUGGACUUGGAUAAUAAGAUGAACGCUAUACAAAUUGAUAUCACAGCUGUAAAAGACGCGGUGACGGAGAAAGUUAAAACUUCUUUCAUAACUGCUGCAAUUUGCCAUGGAGUUCCAUUAUCACAGGAAAGAAUAGACGACUUAACGAUUAGCCCAGAAUGGAUCAACCCUGUUCCCAAUGCUCAACCUAAUGGCGAUGGUCCUACAAAAGUUGUAUAUUGUGGUGGUAAUUAUGCUGCAAAAGUUAAAAUUGCAAACGCGAACGAUGACAUUAGUAAGUACUGGGUACAGGCCUUUAUUAGCUCCAGAUUGAAUACGGAUUUAUUCAUGAAAAACUACGGCAUUCUACUGGACGGAGGAACUUAUUACAUGAUUACAGAGUGGCCAGGAAAGGGAACGCUCUCCGAAUACCUUAAGGCACAUAGAAUUAUUCCCUGGACACUAAAGAUUAGAUGGGUAAUUCGUUUAGCACGUGCGCUUGCCUUUUGUCAUAAUAAAUACAUUCUGCAUCAUGACAUUCGUAGUCAUAACGUAAUUGUGGAUACAAACGACAACGUCAAAUUAGCAAACUAUCAUCGUGCCAGAGGAAUGAAAGACAUUACAACUUCGGUUGCUGAAGAGACUGAUGGUGUCAGAUGGUUAUGUCCUGAAAAAACGAAGGAUGGCGCGCUUCCUUACUCUACGUCGGCCGAUGUAUACAGCUUUGGCAUGCUUAUGUGGGAAAUAACAUCUCACGAGAUUCCUUUCCCAGACAAAUCCAUUGUCGAAGUAUAUACCUUAUUAAAAAACUCAGAUGGAUUCAACGAUCAGGAUGCUCCACGCCCGCCAAUAGUUCCCGGUACACCAGAAAAGUAUGCGAGUAUAAUGCAGAAAUGUUGGAGACAGAUUCCCGGGAGUCGUCCGACAAUGCAGUAUGUUGUACGAAAGUUAGAAAAACUAGAAAAGACGUACGAAAAGCCAUACGAUAAUGCAUCUUUGUAUGCUACCGAUACCACAAAUAUAUCUAGUGGUAGCUUCACUGAAUACGAUCCAUACGCUCCUACACAUCCACACGUAACGUUGCAAACAGCACGCGAGUUACACUGUCAAAAAAAUUACAAGGAAGCCUUCAAACAAUUCAAGAUACUGGCCGAUAAGGCUGAACCAGACCCUGAAGCAAACUUUUAUGUUGGCCGAUAUCUUAUCGACUCUAAUAUACAGUUCAAUCGCGGAGCUGGAGGAAGCGUUAAGGAUCCCAAUGUAGGAGUGAGCUAUUUGGAAGUAGCAGAAGAUUUGGGAUGCAGUGAGGCAACUCAGUACCGUGCUCAAGAGAAGAUGGCAGCCGCCAAAGAAAUACGAAAGCAAUUGCAGGAUACGGGUGACGAAACAGAUGCCGAAGUAAUUCUGGAUAGAAUGAAGACUGAGUGUUUACCAUUGUUUCGUAAUGGUGCGAGUCACGGCAAUCUGCGUUGUAUGAAAGAUUUAGCUGAUUAUGGGGCAAAGCUAGGAGAUAAACAGAGUUACGUGGACGGUCUUAGAAUGUUGGAUGACGUAAUUGCAAAAACGAAAGAUCCUAAGCAGAAAGCUAAAGCACAAGAUUUUUUAAUGAGGUUACAACAGCACAAAAACGUAUUUGUGGAUUGA